UCCCCAGAUACAUGACAUUCUUAUACAGGGACUUGUAUAUGUGCACCUUGGGUACAUGCAUAUGUGCACAUUCUCCAAUUAAAAAGGUAUUUCAGUUCUUGGAAAUAUACAGAUGCCAGUAAUUGUGAAAGUAGUGAACGCCCAUUUGAUAUUUUCUCACACGGUGGUGAACCAUUUCCAGCAGUUACAUCAUGUUUGUCUGCCCUGCUCGACUGCCUUCGUUAUCAACAACUGGCUUAUCUGACGUCAUCAGAGUUCUAGGAAUAUUGCUGUUCCACCUACUGGUUCCAGAUCAGCUAACGAAACACAAAUACUGUGACUGUGUGGCUACUCUGCAAUAAAUUAAAGGGGACCCGGGUCAGUUUUGGUACGCGAAUGCGCGCACGUCCGAAUGUGUGGAGGGAGUGCACGUGUUCCAUUGACAGUCUUAUGCAAGCCACCCUGCACACAGGCAAGAUGUCCGAAGCUGCUGCUGUAUCAGAGAAUAACGGACUAAAUGGGUCCUGGGUGGAGUUGGAGAUGAACAGAGCUGCGGCCACGACUGCAGCGGGGUUGCCCCAGUCUGCCUCUGCCAUAGGCCAGGCCUUGUGGCUGCUCCCCCUGCCUCAGGUGGAGGAGGAGGUGGAGGCCAUGGUGGGGGGACUGGAGCACGUGCCCUCCUCAUCCUCCAUCCAUAAUGGAGACAUGGAGAGGAUUCUACUGGAUGCUCAGCAUGAGUCCAGCCACAGCAACUCUUCCUGUGACAGUCCUCCCCGGCCUCAUAGUCCCCAGGAGGAUGAUCAUGAUGGACAGAUCAUAUUUGAUGUGGACGUGAGCAGCAGAAGAGACAGCCAAUCAGAGGAGGAGGCCCUGGAGAAGGAGAGGGACAUGGAUAUCCUCAUGAAGGACUCUGACUGGGUAGCAGACUGGUCCAGUCGGCCCGAGAACAUUCCUCCUAAGGAGUUCCAUUUCCGCCACCCCCGGCGUUCAGAUACACUCAGCAUGAGAAAUACAGGGGCGAUGAAGAAAGGAGGUGUCUUCUCUUCAGAGUUCCUCAAAGUGUUCAUCCCCUCGCUGUUACUGUCACACAUCCUGGUUCUGGGGCUGGGGGUGUACAUUGGGAAGAGGUUGACCACGCCCCCUACAAGCUCUUUCUGAGCGGGAAACUGAAAAAGUGCCUGACUAAUGGCUGUAAUUUUUUGGGGGGGGAAAUGUUGCUGUUUUACGAAGAAUGCCCAUCUCUCCUCAAACUUUCUUUCUCUCCGUUACCCCUCUUUCUCUCUCUCUCUGUGCUUUUUCCCACCUGUCAAAGCAUUUCCUCUUCCUGUAUCCUGCGCAGACCUGAGAUGUGCUGUUCUCAGGACAGAUGCGUUGCCCUUUCUCUUAUUUUACUCCCUGCCCCCCUUUCUAUCAGUCAUUUUCUGACUGCUUCCAGAGUAAGGCCAUAUUCCCUUUUGCUCCGGUUUGGGUGGGUAUUUUGGGAAGCGGCAAAGCGUAAAACCAAACCUAACUCUUCUACACACUAGCUCCAGCACUCUGUAAUUGCCCGGUUGUACGAGAGAGUCUGCCCUACAGAUUUUGAAGAUAGAAGUACCCCAAGAUCGUGCCACCUACAACAGUGGUUGGGUGUAACUCUCAAACCCUGAAAAGGUCCAACCAAAUUCAGAAAAAAGAAGCUAACCUGAAAAUGUGAGCAUGCCUUUGAAAGUAAUCAUUUUGUUCAGAAGUAGAAACACAAUUUACUAUAGUUGUUAUGGUAUUUUCGUAUAAAUGUAUUUUACCACAAGUGGUGUAUUGAUAAUGAAGCCUGGGUUUUGAUUAUGAAGGGUGUUACCAUAGUGGCCAUCUCAAACCCACAACCACCUGAUGCUGUGCACUGGAGGGAAUCUGCUUGGCCUGCCAGAUGAGAUGUCUACAAGACCUAUGGUAUCAGGAAUAUAUCUACACCUUGAUGGAAAAUAUCAUAUUACACAUGUAUCCAGUUGUUAAUCAUUAUAAAAAUGUAUGUCAUUUCAAAUGCAUUUGAAACUAUUUUCAAAACUGACAUGAAUGACUGGAAAAUGAUGGAUAUAUUCCUCCUAUUAAAUGUAAACUGACACAGUUGUUUUGUGGGUGGAAGUUGGGUAGCCACACUGAGGUGAUGUGUUUGUUCUGGUGUGUGUCAUUCUCUUGUUUGUCUGUUUUGAGUUCUCUACAACAUAUCAUGGACAUAGUUAUUUAGGCCUGGUUCACUGGGUAGACCUCUGAUAUGCCUGCACAACUGUGACAGGUCAACUUCCCACCUUACACACCUGUACAACAUACAUGCAUACACUUAAGAACAAGCUCAUGUGGGUUGUUAGUCCAGCUGGAGAGAGAUAAACCCUGAUGUUUCACCACACUGAUAACAGGAGCUGGAAUGGAGUCCAGAUGCAGAAUAGUUUGAGAGGCACAACCCCAUGUCCAAACUUAAGCAUGCUCUGACUGUCACGGCGACCUAUGUCACAGUGCUCCAAGAUGGACAGCAGUAUUUCAAAGUUGACACAAUGUGCUGUUUGUACUAACUCCACCAUUGGACCUUGCUGAGAUCAACCUCUUGUAUACAGUAUCUUAUUUUUAUCUCCCUCUACACAACUGCCAAAAGGAACUGAGGUCCACCUUGAAACUCAACUGUUCUCAGUAACCACGUGCCUCACCUCUGUUCCCAAGCCUCCAUUGUGGUUCUGUUGGUCUCACUGCCUGUGAUCAGACAUUGAGAGGCUACUCUAUGGCAUGUUUUUGGGGUGUUUUUUCUCUCAAUGAGUUUUAUUGUCUGUAUUGUUAUGACAUUGGAGUCUGAACAGACAGAGCAUGAGGUAUAGCUAUGAUGAGACGGAACUACAGGGAUUUAAUGAAGAUUAUGUUUUCAGUCUAAAAUGAGGAUGUUAGAUAGACACCUUGCAAGGCCCAAAGUGAAAAGGAAAAGGAAUGUGUAGAAAUGGUUCCCCUCAGACUGCUAUGGUAACAAUAGUUAUUAUCAUACACAUCCUUUUGAUUUCAUUUGAUGUUUUUUCUCCUCAUUGGAAAAUGUAAAAAUGAUUUGUCAAUAAAAUUCCCUGAAUCAA